AUGGACGGAAAGCCCAAUCCCUACCUCGCCCACAUGUACGAGGAGGAGAACGGCUGGGGCUCGUCGGCCAGCGAGCCGUCGCCCAACUCGCCCUUGGCCGGCAUGAAGCGUCGCCAGACCACUGCCCAGCAGGCCGCCAAGGCCGAAGACUCCGAUUCGAAUCCCUUCACGGGCCGUCCGCACUCGCAGAAGUACUUCCAGAUCCUGCAGACGCGGCGAGAACUCCCCGUCCACAAGCAAAGGCAAGAGUUCCUCGACAAGUACCACUCGACCCAGAUCCUCGUCUUCGUCGGUGAGACCGGUUCCGGAAAGACGACCCAGAUCCCCCAGUACGUCGUGUACGACGAGCUGCCGCACCUCACGGGCAAGCUCAUCGCCUGUACGCAGCCCCGUCGAGUCGCCGCCAUGUCGGUAGCCCAGCGUGUGGCCGACGAGAUGGACGUCAGCCUCGGCGAGGAAGUCGGUUACAGCAUCCGUUUCGAAGACAGGACGUCGCCCAAGACCAUGCUCAAGUACAUGACGGACGGUAUGCUCCUGCGCGAGGCCAUGCACGACCACGAGAUGUCGCGAUACAGCUGCAUCAUUCUCGACGAAGCGCACGAGAGAACGCUCGCGACGGACAUUCUCAUGGCUCUCCUGAAGCAGAUCGCCGAGAGGCGCCCCGAUCUCAAGAUCAUCAUCAUGUCUGCCACGCUCGACGCCCAAAAGUUCCAAAAGUACUUCAACGACGCGCCCCUGCUGGCCGUCCCCGGACGAACGCACCCCGUCGAGAUCUUCUACACCCCCGAGCCCGAGCGGGACUACGUCGAGGCCGCCAUCCGGACGGUUCUCCAGAUCCACGCCUCCGAACCCGAAGGCGACAUCCUGCUCUUCCUCACCGGUGAAGACGAGAUCGAAGACGCCUGCCGAAAGAUCGGCCUUGAGGCCGAGGAGCUGAUACGGGAGGUGGAUGCCGGCCCCUUGGCCAUCUACCCUCUGUACGGCACGCUGCCGCCUCACCAGCAGCAGCGCAUCUUUGACAAGGCACCGCCUCCGCUCAGGAAGGGCGGAAAGCCCGGCCGGAAAUGCAUCGUCUCGACCAACAUUGCCGAAACCAGUUUGACCAUUGACGGUAUCGUCUACGUCGUCGACCCCGGCUUCAGCAAGCAAAAGAUCUACAACCCCAGGAUCCGAGUCGAGUCUCUGCUUGUCUCGCCCAUCUCAAAGGCGUCAGCGCAGCAGCGUGCCGGUCGUGCCGGUCGUACGAAGCCUGGUAAAUGCUUUAGACUCUACACCGAGAAGGCGUUCAAGAAGGAGCUCAUCGAGCAGACGUACCCCGAGAUUCUGCGGUCCAACCUCGCCAACACGGUGCUGGAGCUGAAGAAGCUCGGCGUCGAGGACCUCGUCCACUUUGAUCUCAUGGACCCUCCUGCUCCGGAGACCAUGAUGCGUGCGCUGGAAGAGCUCAACUACCUUGCCUGCCUUGACGACGACGGCGAGCUGACUACGCUUGGCAGCCUGGCAUCCGAGUUUCCCCUGGAUCCCGCCCUGGCCGUCAUGCUCAUCUCCUCGCCCGAGUUCUACUGCUCGAACGAGAUCCUCUCCAUCACCUCUCUCCUGUCCGUCCCUCAGAUCUUCGUGCGGCCCGCCAGCAGCCGUAAGCGAGCGGACGAGAUGAAGGCCCUCUUCUCCCACCCCGACGGCGACCACUUGACCCUCCUCAACGCCUACCACGCCUUCAAGGGCCAGGACACGGCGGACCCCAACUCCGUGAAGCAGUGGUGCCACGAGCACUUCCUGUCCUACCGCCACCUCUCCAGCGCCGACAGCGUCCGCGCCCAGCUCAAGCGCAUCAUGGAGACGCACGGUCUGGAACUCGUCUCGACCCCCUUCGAGGACAAGAACUACUACACAAACAUCCGCAGGGCCAUGUUGGCCGGCUUCUUCAUGCAGGUCGCCAUGAAGGAGAGCUCCGGCAAAGUCUACCGCACUGUGAAGGACGAGCAGGCCGUCCUGAUCCACCCGUCGACCGUGCUGCGCACCGACUUCGACUGGGUCAUGUACAACGAGUUCGUUCUUACGUCUAAGCAGUACAUCCGCACAUGCACAGGCAUCAGGCCCGAGUGGCUAUUGGAAAUCGCUCCCGUGUACUAUGACCUCGACACCUUCGAGGACGGAGAGAUUAAGCGGUCAUUGGCCCGAGCCGCAGAGAAGAAGAGGAGAAAGGAGGCCAUGAAAAAGGGUGGUCGGUGA